AUGAAAGUUAAAGUCCCAAAAGACUUCAAAGCCCCUGACAUGACCCCGUACGACGGUACAUCUGAUCCGAGCCAUCAUCUCAGCAAUUUCAGAAGUCGGAUGUAUCUCACGGAUGCCUCAAAUGCAAUCCGUUGCAAAGCCUUCCCGACCACCUUGACCAAGACGGCAAUAGAGUGGUUCGACAGCUUGCCGCCAAGGUCGAUAACAAGCUUCGACGACCUCGCCAAGAAAUUCUUAGCUAGAUUCUCCACCCACAAAGACAAAGCCAAGCACGCUCCGAGACUGCUAGGGAUUAAGCAAGGAGAUCGAGAAAGCCUACGCAGUUACAUGGAGAGAUUCAAUAAAGCGUGCCUGGACAUACAAAAUCUUCCAACAGAAGCAGCCAUCAUGGGUCUCAUCAAUGGCCUACGAGAAGCACCCUUUUGUCACUUCAUAUCCAAAAAGCAUCCAGCAUCUCUCAACGAGGUUCAAGAACGGGCGGAAAAUACAUUAAUAUGGAAGAGAACUCCCGAUUGGGAGAAACCUCAAAGACUGGAUUCUCCUACCCACCUCGGGACAAGGAUAAAGAGUCCAGGAAGAAAGAAGACCAACCUACUAAAAAACUCAGAAAAUACCACAACUACACUCGUCUUCAGGUGUCUCUUGUGGAUGUUUAUCAGGAGAUAUGCAACACUGAGAAGAUCCUACCACCUCUCCCGAUUAAACACAAGAGAGGAGGAAGUCGGACAGAAGAAUUCGCGGGAGGAGGGAUCUCUAGGUCAUCCCGAAAAAAGACACCUUAAAGAGGUGUAUCAUGUCGGAGAAGGGGAAAGGUCACCCGAUCUCCCCACUAUUACCUUCACUCAAGAAGACGCCACAAGCAUCGUCCCGGGGCAUGAUGACCCCGUGGUCAUUACCAUCAUACUCGCCAAUGCCAAUCUCCACCGAACGUUGGUAGACCAAGGAAGCUACGCAGAUAUCCUAUUCAAAUCCACCUUCGACAAGCUCUUCCUACAAGAGAAAGAGCUCAGAGCAUAUCCAAAUAGCUUGUACGGGAUCGGAGACACCCCAAUCCAGCCACUUGGGUACAUCCCACUGCACACAAUAUUUAGAAAAGGAACACGGUCAAGAACGCUGAGCAUAGACUACAUCGUAGUCAACGUGAGCUCCGCAUACAACGCCCUCAAAGGUUGGACAAUGUUAAAUCAACUCGCCGUGGUGGUCUCCACUCUACACCUAUGCAUAAAGUUUCCAACUACAGAAGGGAUCGCUACCAUAAAGGGGGACCAAAAACUUGCGCGACAUUGUUACAACGAAAGUCAGAACCUUAAAGGCGACCCCAGAGGAAAGGAAACCAAUACUAUAGAACUUGGGGGAAUCCAAGCUCGCGAGGAACUCCGCCCUCAAUCGGAAGGUGAGACCGAAGAAGUUCAAAUCAGAGACACGCAAGACAAAACAACAAACAUGGGGGGCGAAUCUAAAAGGAGACCUAAAGGAGCUAAUAACAAAUCUCCUAAAGGAUAA